GAUUGUCAAAUGUUAACUUAUUUUAUCUCAUCGUUUUGAAAAUUUAAUGAAUAAUGUCAUAAUACACUGGCGAACGAUGCAAAUAUCGCAAUCCAGUCAUUUUUGAUAAAAACAUGGAUAAACAAAAUACGGCUAGCUCGGAUCAGUACGUGGCUAAUCACGAAAGAACAAUCUACUCUGAUACAAUUUCGCGUGCAUUUAAUUUUUGUGUGUGAAAUUUUCAGAUCGCGCAAUUGAUCCUAGCAAGAAUCCUGUUGAAAAUCCCAAAAAAAAUGUCCUACAAAAUGAGUUUAAUUGUGAAACAGUAUAGCUAAAAAUAUAGAAAUUUUCGGCGAAUUCGUAUUCGCGAGCUCGAUUGAAUUUCAAAACAAGUGUCCGUGAACAAUUUUAGUUGUUUGAGAAGAAGCAGAUGGGCCAGUAGUAAUGAAGUACACUUUACAUUCAAUCCGUGUAGGUAAUACCUAUUCUUCAAAAUAUUCAUAACUAUACCUACAAUUAGAACACCAAUGAUGACAACUCAAGAGCCGUAUUGUGGAGUCACAUUACUCAACAUUGGACAAUAUUACAAGGAUAAUAUACUCGCUUACGUCAGCAUACCAGCAUGCCUCAUAGGAGUAAUUUUCAAUUCACUCAACAUGUUGGUAUUCGCCAGGAAAACCAUGAUUUCGCCCCCGAACCUGAUAUUUGCUCAUCUGGCCUUCUUAGAUUUCCUAGUAUUACUGGCUCGUAUCCCAUAUGUAUGGUUGCUGAACAUUCGACCACAGAGUGGCUUUGACAUUCACCAGUCUUACGGUUGGACCAUGUUUUAUAUAUGCUGUAAUACUUUUAUAGUCACAGUUCAGUUUAUAUCGAUAUACCUGACAAUGCAGAUGGCUGCAUGGAGGUACGUGGCAGUCGUUCAUCCACUGAAGGAACGUUCUUGGUGCAAUAUGAGAACAACACGCAAUUCAGUGAUAGCUGGAUACAUGAUCUGCAGCAUUUUUUAUGUGAUACCUCAAUAUUUGACACUUCGUAUCGAAACCACUAAUGAGGGACAGACAUCCUAUUACUUAGUUGCCAUAAAUGAUCAAAGCCUCAUUAAGCACUCAACAGUAGACAUCAUUCACGCAGUCAUGAUCAGAUUAUUGCCAUCACUUGUGUCAAUGGGGUUUACUUUCAGAAUCGUCAUUACCUUAUUAGAAAGAAACAGAAUCCACCAAGAGCAAAUAACUUUAUCGUCUGGAGUUCAAAAUAACACCAGGAAUGUCAAAACGAAACAGCAGACAAAUAAAUCGACAAUGAUAUUGCUGAUAGUUGUGGUAUUAUUCUUCAUCGCUGAAUUCCCCAGAGGGAUACUGAAUUUACUGCGAGUGGGUUACGAGCACAAUGAAAGAUCGGAAGAAAUUCAUGGCCAAUGUUACGCUGCACUGGUGCAAAUAUUCACUACAUUUACUGAUAUCAACUUAUCCAUCACUUUUAUAGUAUAUUACACCUUGAGUCAACAAUUCAGGACCACAUUCACAUCGUUGUUUCAUUGUAAUAGGUUAUUUAUUAUUUGUUUUCAAAGUAAUAGUCAAGAUGAUUCACAAACAAACUCGGAUGAUGUCUAAUCAAUAAGAGUAAUUUUUGUGCCGAGUGGAGUAUCUGCGUAUAUCAAUCAUUAAUUAUUAAGAAUGUAAUUUUUAAAAUGAAUAAAAAUGUUCAAUCCUACAUAGGAACUGAACUCAAGUUUUUCACUGAGCAUAUAGUAUGAAAACUGUUCAAAAUCAAAGAAGAGUAUGAGAAAAAUGAUAGAAAACAAAAAAAUUGUAAGUAGGUAUGCUUCCAAUUUUCACUUUUUGGAUUUCAUCUAUUCACUCGAGCAGCUUUGCUCGUCCUUCUAAAAAUGUCGGUACCUACCAUAAUCUCAGAACUGCUAUUAAAUGUUUGGUUGGAGGAACAUAUUGGAAGAGAAUUGUUUGAAAAUUUGUUAGAUUGUCUUAAAAAUA